GGAGCCGAAAAGUAUAAAUAGCUCCACCCCCAAAUAUUUCACCAUUUUGUGUUCUCACUACAGACGCAUAACGGUCGAGUUGUGAGAAUUCAACUUCUUUUAUAAGCUUUUUUUUUUAGAUACGCUUUAAAACCACCGUCUUCAAAAUGCGUGAGUGCAUCUCUGUCCACGUGGGUCAGGCUGGUGUCCAGAUUGGCAAUGCCUGCUGGGAACUCUACUGUCUUGAACACGGCAUCCAGCCGGACGGACAGAUGCCCAGCGACAAAACCAUCGGAGGUGGAGACGAUUCUUUCAACACCUUCUUCAGUGAGACUGGAGCUGGAAAGCACGUCCCCAGGGCUGUGUUUGUGGAUCUGGAGCCUACUGUCAUAGAUGAGGUCCGCACUGGAAUAUACCGCCAGCUGUUUCACCCUGAGCAGCUCAUCACAGGAAAGGAGGACGCUGCCAACAACUAUGCUCGUGGUCACUACACCAUUGGCAAGGAGCUUAUUGACCUGGUACUGGACAGGAUCCGUAAAUUGGCUGACCAGUGCACAGGCCUCCAGGGUUUCCUGGUCUUCCACAGCUUCGGUGGUGGAACCGGUUCUGGUUUCACUUCCUUGCUGUUGGAACGCCUGUCUGUUGACUACGGUAAGAAGUCCAAGCUGGAGUUCUCCAUCUACCCAGCUCCCCAGGUGUCUACAGCUGUGGUGGAGCCCUACAACUCCAUCUUGACCACACACACCACCCUAGAGCACUCCGACUGUGCCUUUAUGGUAGACAAUGAAGCCAUCUAUGACAUUUGCCGUAGGAACCUCGAUAUUGAGCGUCCUACUUACACCAACCUCAAUAGGCUUAUUAGCCAGAUUGUGUCCUCCAUCACGGUCUCUCUCCGUUUCGAUGGUGCCCUCAAUGUCGAUCUUACUGAAUUCCAGACCAACUUGGUGCCCUACCCUCGUAUUCAUUUCCCACUGGCCACCUAUGCUCCAGUGAUCUCUGCAGAGAAGGCUUACCACGAGCAGCUUUCUGUGUCCGAAAUCACAAACGCCUGCUUUGAGCCAGCCAAUCAGAUGGUAAAAUGUGACCCACGUCACGGCAAGUACAUGGCCUGCUGCUUGCUGUACCGUGGCGAUGUGGUACCCAAAGAUGUGAAUGCUGCUAUUGCCACCAUCAAGACAAAGCGCAGCAUCCAGUUUGUGGACUGGUGUCCCACUGGGUUCAAGGUGGGCAUCAACUACCAGCCCCCCACUGUGGUUCCAGGUGGAGACCUGGCCAAGGUGCAGAGGGCUGUGUGCAUGCUGAGCAACACAACAGCCAUUGCUGAGGCCUGGGCUCGUCUCGAUCACAAGUUUGAUCUGAUGUACGCCAAGCGUGCCUUCGUGCACUGGUAUGUGGGUGAGGGUAUGGAGGAGGGCGAGUUCUCUGAGGCCAGAGAGGACAUGGCUGCCCUAGAGAAGGAUUAUGAAGAAGUUGGUGUUGACUCCGUUGAAGGUGAGGGAGAGGAAGAGGGAGAGGAGUAUUAAAAUGUUAUACAAAAGUCCCCAUCUUUGCAAUGAAAUGAAUAUUUUACUUAAAGUUGGGGUGCACAAUGUUUGAAAGCCAAUGUUGACAUUUGAAAUCACCAAAACAAACAUGCCCCUAACCCAAAUUGGUGUCACCCCUGUUUUGAUAGCUUCAUCUCACACAUACAUACGCAACCCAGGCAAUGGCGGAACCUUCUGGGGCAGCUGGCUAAGGCGAUAUUUUUAUCAAUAAAUGAACUCAAUGAGUAA